CCAACACACACUCUCUCCAUGAAAGGCGCACCUAUUGGGGCGCUUUUCAUCUACACGUGUAUAGACAAGUACAUAGGCGUGAAACGGGUACGUGUACCGGUUCGCAAGAUCCAUGCUUCUUCGUCAUACAAAGUAGAGUUAGCCCAGACAAACGCUAAUUUAUGGAGGGGCGGACUUCACUCCGUCACACAUGACCCAAAAACUGAAGAGGCUAUUGUUCAGACUAUCGAGAACUUCCCGAGACAUUGGCUCUACAGCGGA